UCCUACCCUGCCUCACCCCACAACCACAUCGGGAUCCUCUCUCAGAGCAGCAAGGCACUGGAGCAUGGAGAGUCCUUGGGCAAGUCUGGGGCACCUCACUGCCACUGGGAUGAGAGCCCGUGUUUACUGCGAAGACUUUCUGUUCCCAAAGGUGCACAGAACUAUGGCAGAGCUGUGGGGGAUUUACUCCAAACCUGUCCCAGCAGACAGCAGAGAGCUAUGGACCUUGUUCCUGCAGUGCUCCUGCAUUACAGCAGUCAUAGGAGGCCUCUUUUACAACUGGAUGUUUGCUUCCCUGGAGUACUCCUGGCGCCUCUCCGUUGCCAUGGCCAUCUCCCUCAGCCUGCUACUUCUCCUGACUCUCUUUCUGGUGCAUCCUGCCCGUUGUGUCUUCACCAUGAUCAUGCCCACCUUAGGGACCAAGCAGGGCCGGAAGCUUCUCUUCUCCACCUGCAUCAUGAUUGCAGUGGUGAACAUAACGCCCAACAUCAUAAGCAACAUGAAAACCAUACUGCAGGUCAUUCAGUGCAUCUGCAAGAACUCCUCUGACAGCCUUCUGAACUCAACUACUCUACUACAGAAAGUUUCCUGGGAGUUUGCAGAUGCAGUCCAAGAAGCCACUCAUCCCAUUUAUAAGCCUAUGAAUGGACAUGUUCGCUUUUCAUUGUUGCAGAACAGCCCCUUGAUUUACCAAAAAAUGCACCUUGCUGGUGAGAAAAUUAGCAGAGAGUUCUUGUCUGUUGAGGUACUGGUCAAAGACUCAGUACGAGCAGCCAACAGACUGGCUGCUGGGUUCCUCAUGCUCUAUCUCUGCUUUGAGUCCACCUGGUAUUUGAAAAAUUAUCUCACCAACGUUCGCUUUGACAAUUUUUACAUCACCAAGAAGCUGGAAUGUUUAGCCAUGGACAGAAGAGCAGCUCAUCUGGUGGGCUCAUCAAAAAAACUCAUCAGACCAACAGGCUUGAAGCUGACCAGGGAAGAGGUGGCGCUGUGCCUCGUGCAGGCCAUGCUGGUCACCGUGGCCCUGAUGCUGAUGCUGGUGCUGGUGGCCAUGGACCACUUUGCCUUCAGCGUGGCAGACACGGCGGUGAGAAAGGCAGCGCAGUUCUCUGUGGUGCCUGUCACUCUCAGCAUCAAAUACAAAGCUGAAAUGGGAAUCGUGCCCUUUCUAUACAAACUUUUCUGGCGUCCUCCCGAGGCCUUGCUGCUCAGGGACUUCAACAAGACCUACCACCACCAGCUGAUCUUCAGCUCUGCCCAGUGCAGGAUCAGCCCCCCCGGGCCCCCCAGCCCCUCAGUGCUGCUGGUUGUGGGGCUGCUCUUCUGCGUCCUCUACGGCUCCGCGCUGCUGGAGCCCUUCGCGCGCCGCCUGUGCCGCAGCAUCGCCGCCUCCUUCUUCCCGGGCCGCGAGGACCAGAGAGUGCUGCACCUCUACGGGAAGCUGGCCAGGAGGCAGGGCAGGGAGCAGAGCCCUGCCAAGGGUGCCCGGGGAAGCCAGGGGGAUGGCUGCAUGGCUGGCACCACAGCACGGGCUCCGGCCGCGGGAUCGCGCGUCUCGCUUUCCGGAGUUCGGGAAGUGUUCGGAGCUUGGGAAAAAAUACUGAAAAAGAAACCAACAAAGCCUUAA